AUGGAGUUAACGGAAGCCAAUAGUGGUCAUGGGAUGGAGAUAUAUAUCGAGGUUGAAUCGAUUCUAGAUUUCAAACAUGAUGAUAUGCAAAACUUGCAUAUUACAAGUUUGCAUGGUAAUCAAGACCCAAGCAUAUAUGGAUCGGAACAUAUGGAUGUGGUGGGGACAAUUGGCUUAUACGAGAGUCAAUUGACCCAAAUAGAUUGUGAAAAUGUUCGAUCGGCUCGAGGAUCUAGGAGAAAGGGUAAUAGACGUCGCAUGGAGGUUAAUAGUCCCAGUAGUAGUCACCCAGUAAUGGACACGGAAUCCAUUAUAAGUUAUGGUGUGGACAUUGCUACGUGUACAGUUGGCGGGUUCGGGGAAGAUAAAGACAUUGAAUUUGUUGAUGUUGACUGCGAACCCGAACCAGAUGAUGAUUCCGAUAAUGACAACCCUGUGUAUGGUUCAUUUCCCCAUAAUGAAAAUUUAAGUGAAAGUCAGUUCACACGGGAUCAUCAGGAUCAUAAUACUCAAUGGACCUUUGAUGAAGGAUCACAACUGCGAUAUAAAGCCAGUGUUGAUGCUGCAUUAAAGUUUGAUCCAUUGGAUGCAUGUGGGGUUGAGAAGCUAAAAUUGUGGAAUGAACGCACGAAAGAGUUAGACCUUGGCCAACUAUUUGAAACCAAAGACCAUGUAAAGCGAGCAAUUAAAUUGUGGUCUAUAAAGGAAAAUAGGGAGUUUAAAGUUCGUGAAAACACUCCUACAACUUGGUAUGUCAGAUGUAGGGCUCGCACCUCUAUACCUCCAUGCAAUUGGCAAUUUAGGGCAACCCUACGUAAAUCUCACAAGAUGUGGAUGAUCGUUACACUUGCUGAAAAGCAUACAUGUGUCCGUGUAUGUGGCAACAACGAUCAUAGGCAACUGAGUGGCGACAUAAUAGCUGAGCACAUUAUCCCCUACAUAAUGAAUGGGUCAGUGUAUAGAAUCAAAGAAAUACAAACGUCAGUGAAAAAAGAAUUUCACGUUGACAUUUCAUACAAGAAAGUCUGGUAUGGCAGGCGUAGGGCUAUAGAUAUUGUCUAUGGCGAUUGGCCUAUGUCCGUUGCACAGCUCCCAACGUAUGUCCAGAAAUUACAAUAUACCAAUCCGGGUACGGUAGUUGUGUGGGAUCAUCAUCCACUGAGUAUUCCGAGCAGUCCGAUAUUUGACCAUAUCUUUUGGGCAUUUGCUCCUGCCAUUGAAGGGUUUCGUCAUUUAAAACCCGUCAUUUGUGUAGAUGGUACAUUUCUUAAAGGCCCAUAUCGUGGAAAGAUACUAAGUGCUGUUGCUUUCGAUACUGACAAUCAUUUAUUUCCUCUGGCUUUCGCAUUAGUGGAUAAGGAGAAUAAUCGCAGUUGGAGUUGGUUCAUUAGACUAUUGCGUAUUCACGUGUGUGGUGAUAUUCAAAAUAUAUGCAUAAUUUCAGAUCGCCACCAUGGAAUAAUCAACGCAAUGAGGAUGCUCCCAGAAUGGAAAGAACCACUAGCAGUUCAUCGAUUUUCCUUGGUUCAUGUGCGGAGCAAUUUUACGCAGAAAUUCAAGAAUCAAAUGUAA